GUGAGGGAAUGGUGUAAGUGCUCGUUUGCACUGUAUUUCUGGUAGGAUUAGCAGUUGGUUGACAUAGUUGCUAGAAUACUGUGGUUAUAAGGUCAGGGUCUGUCAUAUAUAGACCAGUUCUCAAAAAAACAGCUAGAUGCAAUAUUUAGUGGUUGUUGCAGACACAGAAUAGGGGAAACCAAAUUGACAAAAUGUUGGUAAUUUUUAAAGUUGAGUAAUGGGUUCUUGGGCUUCAUUAUAUAUUCUUUCUACAUUUGUGAAUGUUUGAAAUUCAUAAUAGAAUUAUAAAAAAAUAAACAGCUAGAUGAACAAGUGAGAGUUUAGCUCAGUUUCCUGGAAGACACCUCAAAGUAAAUGAGCUGCUGUUGCUGAGUCAGUGCCAUUACAUAGAUUAGUGAUAUGUUUAGUCCUGCCCUACCUGUGACCUCUUCUGUGUGUGACACAGCACGAUGCUAAAUACAAAAAUUGGCACCCUGGAGAAUUCUGUUCCUGGUGGCCUGGGAAUUGUAACAUCCUGGCAACAGGUACCUGUGGCUCUGGUCCUUCCUGCUUCCAGCCCAGAUUUGUGACCUAGAAGGAAAUCCCUGACCUCAGCUGCGGCUCUCGGGGCUGACCAGAAGCCAACUUCAUGUCUGAGUGCACGAGCAGCAGUUUGCCAUGGAGAGCCUGGGGCUGCAGACGGUCACCCUUAGCGAUGGGACAACGGCCUAUGUCCAGCAAGCUGUCAAAGGAGAGAAGCUGCUUGAAGGGCAAGUGAUCCAGCUUGAGGACGGUACCACCGCAUACAUUCACCAAGUGACGGUGCAGAAAGAACCUCUUUCCUUUGAGGAUGGACAACCCGUGCAGCUGGAAGAUGGCAGCAUGGCCUACAUACAUCACACACCCAAAGAGGGCUAUGACCCCAGCACCCUGGAAGCCGUCCAGCUGGAGGAUGGCUCCACUGCCUACAUUCACCACCCCGCGGCUAUGCCCUCCGACAGCACCAUCCUUGCUGUGCAGACGGAGGUGGGCUUGGAGGACCUGGCUGCAGAGGAUGAUGAGGGCUUCAGCACAGACACAGUGGUGGCCCUGGAGCAGUAUGCCAGCAAGGUUCUGCACGACAGCCAGGCUUCCCAUAACGGCAAAGGGCAGCAGGUUGGGGACAGAGCAUUCCGCUGUGGCUACAAGGGCUGUGGGCGUCUGUACACUACCGCUCAUCACUUAAAGGUACAUGAAAGAGCUCAUACAGGUGACCGUCCAUACAGGUGUGACUUUCCCAGCUGCGGAAAGGCCUUUGCCACAGGAUAUGGGCUGAAGAGUCACGUGCGCACCCACACUGGUGAGAAGCCAUACAAGUGCCCAGAGGAGCUGUGCAGCAAGGCCUUCAAGACCUCAGGAGACCUGCAGAAACACGUCCGGACCCACACUGGUGAACGCCCGUUCCGGUGCCCGUUCGAGGGCUGUGGCCGCUCCUUCACCACAUCUAAUAUCCGCAAGGUACAUGUGCGCACCCAUACGGGCGAGCGGCCCUACACCUGCCCCGAACCCCACUGUGGCCGCGGCUUCACCAGCGCCACCAACUACAAGAAUCACGUGCGCAUCCACACAGGGGAGAAGCCAUACGUUUGCACGGUACCAGGCUGCGGGAAGCGCUUCACCGAGUACUCAAGCCUGUAUAAGCACCACGUGGUGCACACACACUGCAAGCCCUACACCUGCAGCACCUGCGGCAAGACCUACCGGCAGACCUCCACCCUGGCCAUGCAUAAGCGCAGCGCCCACGGCGAGCUGGAGGCCACAGAGGAAAGCGAGCAGGCCCUUUAUGAGCAACAGCAGCUCAAGGCCACCUCUGCAGCUGAGGAGAGCCCACCACCGAAACGCCCUCGCAUUGCUUACCUUUCGGAGGUGAAAGAAGAGGGUGAUGACAUCCCAGCCCAAGUGGCCAUGGUGACUGAGGAAGAUGGGGCUCCCCAGGUGGCUUUGCUCACUCAGGAUGGUGCCCAGCAGCAGGUCAGCCUGUCCCCGGUAGACCUGCAGGCCCUGGGAAGUGCCAUCAGCAUGGUGACCCAGCACGGCAGCACCACCCUCACCAUCCCCAGUCAUGACGAUGACCUUGCCACAUCUGGCGCACAUACAGUCACCAUGGUCAGCGCCGAUGGCACCCAGACACAGCCCGUCACAAUCAUUACCUCUGGGGCUGUGAUGGCUGAAGACUCAAGUGUAGCAUCUCUUCAUCAUCAACAGGUGGCGCUGUUGGCUACGGCCAACGGAACACACAUUGCCGUGCAGCUGGAGGAGCAGCAGACCUUAGAGGAGGCCAUCAGCGUGGCCACUGCUGCCAUGCAACAAAGGGCCGUGACUUUGGAGACCACAGGGUCAGAGAGUGGCUGCUGAGCCCUAGAGGGCUGGGUCCUGUUCGUGUUGGAAGGGCUGUGCUGCACAGCCAUCUGGCCUCCAAGGGCUCAGGCUGUGACUGACACAUGGAAGGUGGCCACGUAGAUCUCCAGGGCCAGAAGGCAGCAGGAAGAUGGCCUAACCGAAGUGGGUCGGGGCCCUGCCCAAGAGGAGGGCUGGACAGCUGGAAUCGGGGGAGCUGUCUCCUCAGCUCCUCAGAAGCCAAGGAGGACAAGCUUGAUCACCAGGCUGCACUGGGGAAUCCUCCCUUCAAAAUCAGCUGAGCACCCACUUUCCCCGCUCCAGAGAACCCCCUUCCUGUCCUCAGCCCAUUCCCCUUCUCAGGUGGCAAUUGGGGCUGCUGUGGGGAUUGGUCAUCUCCAACUGGUCACUGUCCACCAGGGGAGAGGGCAGAUAGGUCUUCAGCUCAGUAGGGGCAGGACAAUCCCAGCCCUGCCCCUUUGAGCAAUUACUGUCUCCCCAGAGGCCAGCUGAGGUGCCUGGCCACUUGGCAUCAGGGGACUUCCCACCACUGCAGUCAGAAGUGCUCAGGGGCCUGUGGCUGGAGAAAAGGUGCCCAGCCCUCCCACCCCACCCCCAACCGCCCUUCAGCCUCUCUGUGGUAGAGAGGCAAAAAGCAGCCUUGUACAUACUGGGGAUCGGGGUUAAUUUUUUUAAAUUGCAUUUUGAUAAUUUUUUUUCCUGCUCUGAGCAGUGGUGGCAAACGGGUGAAUGAGUAUUUAAUAAAAGUUUCAAGUUUCCA